CGUCAGAGGGGCGGGGCGUGCAGGGGGCGUGGCCGUUCUGAGGUGAGACCGACCGCGCGCGCUCCUUCUCCCUCCCUCUUUUCCUCUCCCUCCUGCAGCGCGCCGGUAGGGCCAGGCCGCACGGGGGCGCCGUCGGGCGGUUCUGUUCCGGAGUUGCCGAGCAGCGGAGGAGGCGCUUCUUCCGCGUCUGGCCCCGUGGCGUCCGGCAGCGGCGGCGCUGAGGGCCCGGCGGGUCGCAGGUCAGUCAGGCGGUCGUCGGUGCGCAGCCGCUGGGCGCCAGGAAGUUUUGGGGUUACUCAAAGUGUGAGGCAAAAUUUGGAGUGCCCAAGGACACAAUGGCUGACCACAAGGUGGAUGAAGAGGUGCUAGAAGUUCUUCGACUCAACGUGGGGGGCUGCAUUUUCACAGCCCGGCGUGAGUCUCUGUGCCGCUUUAAGGACUCGAUGCUGGCCUCUAUGUUCAGUGGUCGUUUUCCUCUAAAAACAGAUGAAUCAGGGGCUUGUGUUAUUGAUCGCGAUGGGCAUCUGUUUAAAUACCUUUUGGAUUAUCUUCAUGGAGAAGUUCACAUUCCCACAGAUGAACAUACUCGAGUUGCCCUGCAGGAAGAAGCUGAUUACUUCGGCAUACCUUAUCCAUACAACUUAUCUGACCACUUGGCCAAUGAAAUGGAGGCAUAUUCUUUAAGGUCAAAUAUAGAACUUAAAAAGGCCUUAACAGACUUCUGUGAUUCAUAUGGCUUAGUUUGCAAUAAACCAACAGUUUGGGUUCUCCACUAUCUUAACACAUCUGGUGCGAGCUGUGAGAGUAGAAUUAUUGGUGUAUAUGCCACCAAAACGGAUGGGACAGAUGCUAUUGAUAAGCAGCUGGGAGGAAGGAUUUACAGCAAAAGCAUUUUUAAAAGAGAGGCGGGAAAUAAUGUUCAGUACAUUUGGAGCUAUUAUUCAGUAGCAGAGUUGAAGAAAAUGAUGGAUGCCUUUGAUGCUUGGGAAGGGAAAGGUGUUAGCUACUGGCGCGUUCCUCAUGAGCUGAUAGAAUGUUGGACUUUGGAAGAACAGCCUUUACUUGGAAGCAUGCGUCACAUGGCCCCAAUUCGAAAGAGGCGAUUGAUAACCCUUGCUGAAGAGGAAGAAGGUGCAAACUAUAAGGCUGGUCCUAAGCCAGUCAGGUUUUUGGGCCCUUCCACAAGCACCCAAAUUAAAGUAAAGAACUCUGCUUCAGUCAGGGUGGCUCCAGCCAAUACUGUCCAGACCUCUCAAAACAAUAGCUGUAGAAAGGCAGCUCUGUGCUCCAUGAGUGCAUCUGAGCAUUCUCCAGCUUGUGAUGGUGCCAGGAGUGCUGAGAAUGGAGCUGCACACCCCUUGCCAGCAAAGGUGCUACUCUCUGACAAGAAGUCUACAUCCCACCGAGUGAUAAAGCUGAAGAGGACUCCACUGUGUGCCAUGAUGCCUUCCCUGCCCAUGCCCACAGCAGGGAUGCAGGCUGACUCCCCAGAGCUGCCUUCUCUGGAAGCUCCUAACACAUUAGGUAGACAGACUGAAAAUGGGAGAGAGCAAGCUGAUGGAUAAAAAUGGUGGAAUUGAAGUUUCCCAUUUGUUUCAGAGCUUCCAACAUCUUUGAUACUAAUACAUGACUUUCCUUUAUGCAGUAGGAGGGAAAACAUGUUUCUACUUAGAAUUGUUGCUAGAAAAGUGACUUGUGUGACGUCAGAAUGGAGUGAUUUGUGUGACUUUGUUGUUGGAGUUGUGUUUACUUCUCUUUUUCCUAACUUUUAAAGGAUUGUUUGUCUGUGGGCAGUGUGACUUCUAGUUUUGAAUCUUUCUUUAACUUAAUUGGUAUAGAGACAAUGAAGCAGGAUAGCACAGUCACUACUGGAGAAGUCCCCUUUAGUGCAGAAACAUCAUAUAGACAAUAUAGAUUUUUGUAAUGCUACUUCUUGCAGCCUAAGAACAGGUGUGAAGUCUGGGGGAAGAAGACAUUUCCAUCUGGUGAGAUGGAGGAGGUGGGGUCAGUGGCAGCCUUACUGUGUCACACAGCUAGGAGAAGUUCCAGAGAAAGUGCAUCAGGUGAGGGACCUAGGAUUGCUCCUUGUCUCAAAAGACAACAUGGAAAGAAAUGAUAGGAAGGGAAAAAGGCAGUAGAGAUAGCACUUUGAGUCUUGCUUAAUUGAGCCAUUUUCUUUCUUGAAUUGGCUUUUUUUUUUUUUUUGGCUCUUUUCUGUUAGCUGAUCUAUUUAUAUACACCACAAGAAAACAUGGUUAUAACAUGGUUUUGGAGAUUGUUAAAAUAUCACAUUUAAUUAGAAUAGUGAGGGUUUUAAAAAAUACUUUGAAAAAGAGAAUGUAAAACUGUAACUUUUUAACUGAAGUUAAUAUGUGUUCUUCAGAAGUGACUGAAGUCAUUUUGAUUAUUACAAUAUGAUUUUUGUGCAUAAAAUUUCUGUAUAACAAUAUUUUUAAGCAAAGAUUUUUGAUUCUCUAUUUUUUUCAUGGCUAUUCAGGUUGUAUGUUUACUCUUACAAGUUAUGUUUUAUAAUUGGAUUGCAUAUUUCUACUUUCAGUGAGCACUAUGCCUGUAUAAAGCAUAAAGUUCAUAAAGCAGGGGAAUUUUUACUGUAGGGCUUAAUAUUGUACUUACAUUGCCUUGAAAUAGUAAAGUAAGUUUAUACUCAAAAUGUUACUUUUUUCAAAUAAAAGCUUUUCCAUAAAAAGUGACAUUUUCUUUGUGCUUUUUAAAAAUCUUGGACCCUGUUAGUAAUAUGGAAGUUGAUAAAAGAUUUCUAUUUCUGCUUCCAAAACUACUCUCUUGUCCAGAUA